AUGUUUGCCAACAGUCCCGAAUACGAAGCCAGGCUUGCUCGGCCGUUCGCGCCACCCACGAUCACCUUGAAGCAGAUCCACGAUGCGGUUCCGAAACGUCUGCUGCGAAAGGAUCCUCUGCGCUCCUCUUGCUACGUGCUUCGUGACGUCUUCUUCUGUACUGUGUUCUUUGCGUUCGCCGGUUCUAUAGAGGCACUGCUACAGAGUGGAUUCUGCGGAUACUUCCCCUUGACGUCGACUUGGCAGAUCGUUCUUCUCAGAGCAUUGAUGUGGAUGACAUAUUGGUGGUGGCAAGGACUUGCCUUCGCCAGUUUCUUCUGCAUAGCACACGAACUUGGCCACGGAACGCUUUAUGAGAGACGCUGGCUUAAUGACGUCCUUGGUUUCAUUCUUGACACGUUCAUCCUUACGCCAUUCUUCGCGUGGAAAGUCAGCCAUAACGCGCACCACAAAGCUGUUGCUUCGAUGGAGCGCGAUGAGAAUUAUGUCCCACACCUACGUAGCGAUUACAAGCUGCCUCCACAAGAGCGUGCGACGACAGUGGACUAUGCCGAAGUACUCGAGGAGACACCGAUCUUGGUACUGACACGGAUGCUGGUAAUGCAGAUCUUUGGCUGGUGGUACUACUUGGGGUGGAAUGCCCUUGGCUCAAAGAUGUAUCCGCCAGGAACCAAUCACUUCUCGCCUUAUUCAGCGUUGUUCAAACCAGAACAGCGUCGCGGUAUAAUCAUAUCGGAUAUCGGUAUUGCGGUCAUGCUGUCCAUCCUAGUGUAUGCUGGCAGGCUAUACGGUUGGAAGGCGAUCCUCGGUUAUUAUUUUAUUCCUUACGUUCUAUGCAACCAUUGGGUUGUAAUGGCUACAUUCCUGCACCACUCUGAUCCUACUAUCCCUCACUACAGGAAGGAAGAAUGGUCCUUCCUACGUGGAGCUGCUGCUACGGUGGAUCGACCACUUCUCGGCUGGGUGGGCCGCUUUUUCCUGCACAACGUUUCGCAUGAUCACGUAGCCCACCACUUCUUUUCGUUUAUUCCAUUCUAUAACCAACCGGAGGUCACGAAAGCGAUACAAACCGUUCUGAAAGAGCACUACAAUUACGACUCUACGAAUGAAUUCUACGCCCUUUACCGAUCGUUCACAGAAUGUGUAUUUGUGGAAGAGGAAGGUAGUAUCGUGUUUUACAAAAACAGGCACGGACAGGCUGCCAGAGAAGUUGCGGAGGGUGCCGUGCAGGAGAUCAAGGAGAGCGGAUGGAAUCCAGAUGACCAGGACAGAAUGAAAGACGAGGAAGACCUAGAGCAUUAA